ACGGUUGCGCCCCGAAAGUGGAAAGUCGUGGACGACACAAACACUCGUCCGGUUUUGGAGGAGAAGAACACCAUACAUACACACACUCACACACGCACGAACGGUGUACUCCGCGGUGUCGUCAUCCGGUCGUCUCUCGAGUGUGUGUAGUGUGCGGUCUUGUUUUUCCAGCUUAAUCCGUCAUCGCCUUGCGCACCGAGUAGUGCGCAAGUGUAUUGUGGUAGGAAAAGUGCAACAGCAUCAUCAUCAUCACCAUCAUCGUUAGCGCGAGUCACGAGUGGAAGUUGCAAUCGUUUGGGAAAAUUACCAUUCUCUAGUGUGCGGCUUGCGUGUGUGCGUAUAGGUGCGUGUCUGUUAAAUAAUCUCCCACGGCAUCAGCAGGCUUGUGGUGGGCAGAGCAGCGUAGUGUAAUCGAAUAAUCGGCAUUGAGGAGAUAGUAGUGUGAUGAAGUGAUAGAGGCCGGACGGCAGCGCCAGAAGUUAAGUCGGUGCGCGCGCGCGGCGGGGUUUAAUAAUUGACUCGCGUGAAAAGCAGCAGUGUGUGGGUGUGUGCGUGUGCUAAAGUGUGUUUGUGAGUGUGUAUGUGCGAGUUCGCAUCCGCUCGGCUGCAUCCAGUGUCCGGAGGAGGGUAACAAGUGCACCAGUCCAACUAAAAGUGAGACCGAGAGUUUAUGCUUGGCAAUAUAGAGAAUCCGACGAUUACUAGAUUAAGCGCCAUUACGCGCUUUUUGGAGGGUGAGCAUCAUCAUCCCCUGUUGCUAUAAAACACACAUACCACUAGCGGGUGGUGUACAGUGCGUGUGUGCCGUGUGUUUUUUUUUCUCAUUCCAUCUUACUCGUGAAAUAGUGAAGUUUUGUGGAGGCAAUUGAGCGCCAGCAAACGGGCUUUAAUUGAUCCGUGGUUCCUCGCUAAGGCUUAUGCUGCAUUUGUGUGAGUGUGUGCGGGGGGGAUAAGUGAGUGCGUGCGUGCCCCAAGUAGAUCAUCAUCAUCGGCCAGUGUUUGUCUGGAGAAGAUCGUAGUCAGUCGGAGCCAAAGCAAACACCAUUCAAGUGAGCGAGAAAAAGAAAGCGUGCUUGAGCAGUGAAAGAGAGAAAGAGAGUGGCAGAUAUUUUUGGCACGGGAAAGAACGAGCCAGGUAGCCUGUUUAAGUGACGGCAACGAGCGUGCGAAUAUCGACACAACCAGAAUGAACGAAAUCGAAGCACUGCGCCAGGAGGCAGAAACGCUGAAGAAUGCGAUCCGGGACGCACGGAAAGCGGUCUGCGACACGUCGAUCCUGCAGGCCACCGCACAGCUGGAACCAGUCGGAAGGAUUCAGCUCCGCACGAGGCGUACCCUUCGUGGGCAUUUAGCAAAGAUCUACGCCAUGCACUGGGGCAACGAUUCCCGGUAUCUAGUGUCGGCGUCUCAGGAUGGUAAGCUGAUCGUGUGGGACUCGCACACCACCAACAAGGUGCACGCGAUCCCGCUCCGUUCAUCCUGGGUGAUGACGUGUGCGUAUGCACCGUCCGGCAAUUAUGUGGCGUGCGGCGGGCUGGACAACAUCUGCUCGAUCUACAAUCUGAAGACGCGCGAGGGCAAUGUGCGCAUCGCGCGAGAGCUGGGUGGUCAUACGGGGUAUCUGUCCUGCUGCCGCUUCCUAGACGAUAACCAAAUCGUGACGAGCUCGGGCGAUAUGUCCUGUGCGCUGUGGGACAUCGAGACCGGCCAGCAGACGACAUCAUUCCAGGGCCAUACAGGUGACGUGAUGGCACUGUCGUUGGCACCGCAGGGCAAAACGUUCGUGUCCGGUGCGUGCGAUGCGAAAGCGAAGCUGUGGGACAUCCGUGAGGGCCAGUGCAAGCAAACAUUCCCGGGCCACGAGAGUGACAUCAAUGCGGUGGCAUUCUUCCCCAAUGGGUUCGCGUUUGCGACGGGCUCGGACGAUGCCACCUGUCGGCUGUUUGACAUCCGGGCGGAUCAGGAGUUGGCGAUGUACUCGCACGACAACAUCAUCUGCGGCAUUACGUCCGUGGCGUUCUCGAAGUCGGGCCGACUGCUGCUGGCAGGGUACGAUGACUUCAACUGCAACGUCUGGGACACGAUGAAGGCGGAACGAGCGGGCAUACUGGCGGGACACGAUAAUCGGGUGUCGUGUUUAGGGGUGACAGAAAAUGGUAUGGCUGUGGCGACCGGCUCCUGGGACUCGUUCCUGCGCGUGUGGAACUAAAGGCAGUGGGGUGGUUCGAGCUAAGUGAGCGGGGCGGCAUACAACACAGCAGGAGAGGUUGUCGUGUUCAUCGUUGCCGUCACUUCGGUAAAACCGUUCCUUUAAAGGAUUUUUCUUAUCGCCCGUUUGUUUUCACAUACCCCCGAUUCCCUUUUCCUGCCCAUCUGUCCGCUUUGUACGAUAUAAUUUUCCUUAAGAAUUACACGUUAACUGCUGUUUGCAUGCGCAACUCAAACAUCCAGUAGCACCAGCGCGCCGUGUAGCUUGCGCUAGCGAACGAUAGAUGGCGCCACUUCGUGUCGAUGCGAUCGAUGUUGAAGAAAAAAUGCAUCUAUUUCUUGUGGAGGCAGACGAGUCGAACACGGUUUCGCGGAGUAUGUCGAAGUGUUUUGCAUUAAAUUUACAAACUUCAAAUACAUCGGGAGUAUGAGUGGUUGUUGCAGUUAUGGUACAGGCAGAGGAAUUCUUCGCACACACAUAGAACACCAUAACCAAAACCUUGCCGUUAAGAUGGUAAGGAGUUUUAAAUUGGCAUAAUAAGCUGAAAGUUUUAUGCAAUUGCACCUGUAUUAUCCCGAACUAUGCUGGUUGUAUUUUGUUUAUUCUAAUUUUUCGCUUUUUGUUUGACUCUCAUUUACUUUUUGUUUUUUGCUGAUGCUUUUUCAAACGCCGGGGCGCGAAUGUCUCACGUUAACACGUUAAGGAAGGGAGCGUAUGUGUGCACUUAGCUGAUGUGCACUGAUGCGUUAAAGUCCGCAUCCUAAGUACAUGUACGUUGUGUUUUUAGGUUAGCAUUUAAGUUUUAUUUGUCAUCUGCCCUUCUUCGGGCGCUUCGUCGGGUUCAUACGCGCGCGUGGUUGUGUGUAGAGUAUGAAACUCGAUUAGAAAAAAAAAGUGGCCACCAUUGCCGCUGGGGUGGUGCGUCGAAAAUCAAAGAAACAAACGAAAAAAAAAAAAAAAACCGUAAAAAGGCGCCCACAUAAACCCGCCCGGCUUUAUGAACAUCGAUUGGCAUAGACUAUUAUUAUAAUUAUUACACACUAAAGAAGAAGGAAAUUUGUUAAUCUAUAGGAGAGAGAAACAGCGGUUCGAGGGUGUGCAGUAGUAGUUUCUUGUGGCAACUAAAACACGAUAUAUUUAUGAUGUAAAAGUAUCAGGUGAAUGAAAAACGUUUGGUUAGUAAAGAUAGCAAAGCAAUUACACAACAUAAAUGUAGGAUCUCCAGGAUGGGGUUUUGGAACGAUGCGACCCUGAACGGGGUAAACAAAUGCGUUCAGUAAAUCGUAGGGAACAAUCGAACCCUAGAGGCACCAAUGUUUGAAGUUCAUCCUUCAGCAAUAAACUUUGCGUUAUUUAAUACGAGAUACGCGUCCACAAAUCCCAAAACGAGGAUGUGCAACAACUCAUCCGAGAUGAAGGGCAGUGUACGGUGAGCGUUAGUUUUACCAGCAAAUGCAGAUAGUAAUGCAAAUUCAAAUGGUUGUUAGUUGUGGCGGAAAGGAAAUGGGGGCACCCAGAAAGCACCUGUCGUUAACGAAUGCCGGAACCACGUAGAACACAAACACACAACACGCCACAGAAUGCUUUAAGUAGUAGUUUACCGACCAAAAACAAAACCCCAUCUUGUGCACUAGCCAAAUUCCACACAUUCAAGAUGGUGUCUGCAUCGUUCGAAGCGGAAUUUGUAACGAUGUUUGCGGAUGUUUAUCGUAAGCUCAUUGGCGGAUUUCUUGUUAUGUGCAAAUCGUCUAAAUUCAUGAAUAAAGUCUCAUAUGUGUAUAUCUAUGACCAUA